CAUCUUCUCAGGUAACCACUAACUUAGUGGACUGAUGUAUAUGCCAGAUAAAUGACCACGCACUAACUCCACUAUUGGCCAAUGACAGGUGAAGAGAUGAAUAUUGUAUACGAUUGUUCUAAGUGGCCAAUGCAAUGCUCGCUCUUCGUGUAAAGGUGAAAACAAAUAACAGCUGUGUUUCCAGCAGCGACACGCUAUGCCUUCACGGUGGAGUUCUCUGCGGCGAGGUAGGGACGUGGAGUGUUUGUCAGUAACAGGUCUCUGUGUGCUCGAGGGGGUUGCACGGAGUGUUCAAAUUUACCCUCCUGUGUUGAUCGAAGUGUCUCGAGGCGCGGGACAUUUUCAAGCCAGCAGUUGAUGGAUAUUGGCCGCGUUAUAAGCACUGGCUGUCGAGCAGGUAAUAUUCCAAGUCGAGACAGACAAACCACAUCCAGCUGGGGAAUCGUCUAAAUCUACAAAACAACGUCAAUGUUUGGCAGUAUUGCCAACAAAUGCUACAGGACUUCGAUCGCAAUCUGAUUGUGCACGGAUUUAGAUCGUGAAAGAAGCUCUUAUUUUGAAAAUACUGGUUUGGAAGCUUUGAUAAAUAUCAUGAAAAUUUACUGCGUAUUUGUGUUGAAUACACUUCAGGAAUUUGACGGGUACGGAUCAAUACGAAAACUUUGACUCCAUAGUUAUGGCCGUUCAAAUUGGAGCAUUCUUUCCCGGAACUUUCCUGCCAAUUUGUCACCAGCUUGUGAUCGAACGUUCGGUUCCGCCGUUGAAGCAUGUCUAUUGUUGACCUUAAAAAGGACUUCCAAUAUUCUACGACGGGGUUUUCAUGAUGAUAUUUACCAUAAUUACCGCGCCAUAUCCUGGAGGAAGUCCCCGAUACGCAGCCUCUAAUGACUUUUCCCCAUCGAUUCAGAAACCCGCUGACGGGAUCUGAAAAUGAUUUGGAUAUAGUUGCUACAUGGUCUAUAGGGAGAUGAAUAUACUCCAACGGUGACCAUUGAGUUCUCAAGGAGGGUCGAAUGAAGAAUUCAGAAUUGCAUAUCGAAAUUUUUACUUAGAAGCGACGAGACAGCGUUUGAUAUAUCAAUAUGUGCAUAAGGCUGUGUGUUUCAAAAAUAACUCUAAAUUAGAAUUGACAGAUUUCGAAAUUGGAUUUUGUGAUGAAACUUCCGAAAUGUCUCUGAUCUGCCACUUCGAUUUCGACAGGAUGUGCAAGAAGAUGGAUUAACGUGUUAUUUAUCCUUCAAUUUACAGAUUUCAUGUUGGAGACACGUACCCAUGUGUCGAAGAAUACGAUGGAAUACAGUGUGUUGCCUUCCUUUAUCUAUCGUCUAAAACGACGUAGAUUUAAGUCUUUAGUACUGCUCUGUUUUCUUCUAUCAAUUCUGUUUCUCCUUCUCCCCCAGGAGAAUGAAAUCGAGGUUGACAGUGACGUAGCAAAUCUCGUGUUAUUUCACGAGAACCUACGGCGCCAGUCUGGUCAAAUGUGUGUCCACCCUCAACUAGACCCCUUCCACCCCUCAGUUGUUGGAUUCUUCCACGAAGUGCCAAAAAUAGACUGUGGUAAGGAUGAGGAUUGGGUGUAUGUUGUGAAUGGAACAUUCCAUAUUUCUAAGCGGGCGAGGAGGAGGUAUGGUAAAAUAACAUGUGAAUAUGCGCCCAUUGUCCGGGGACCAAACGACUAUUCAGCCCGACAUGCCGACCACAUCAAACCCAUGCCGGAUGGAUCGCCAUUGAUAUCCGACUUCUUCAAGGUAGCGUGUGUUUCUGUUCACGGGAAAAGAUACUUCAAUAUACAUUCAGGGAUUGCGUAUAACAAAACCUUACACACUUGGGCAGAACAAACAAAACCAGUGUCUAAAACUGCUUUAGAUCUGGACGUGUUGAUGUUUGGAUUCGAUUCGCUGUCCAGGAUGACAUGGAUACGGAAAUUGCCUCAGACACGCGAAUAUUUUCUGAAACAAUUAAAUGGUAUUGAGUUGGAAGGUUACAACAUUGUCGGAGAUGGAACCCCUCAGGCGCUGUUGCCAAUACUAACAGGUAAACGGGAAGAAGAACUUCCCGAGGCGAGAAGGGGGAAGUCAGGAGCCAAACCUGUUGAUAACCACCCCUGGAUCUGGAAGGACCUGAAAAACAAUGGAUACCUAACACUGUGGGCGGAGGAUAUGGCUUUCAUUGGAACAUUCCAAAUGCGCAUGUUGGGAUUUGAUCACCAACCAACUGAUCACAGCAUGAGGACAUUUUAUUUAUCUGCUGAGCGAAUGUAUGCAAGAAACAAAAAGUGGUGUCUUGGAUCAGUUCCCAGGCAUCAGAAUUUCAUGAAAUGGUUCCAAGAUGCUUAUAUGAUGUAUGGGAAAAAGAGGAAAUUUAUGUUCGGUUUCCAUGCGGAGACUAGUCACGAUGACAACAACAUGGCUCAAGUGGUGGACGAAGAUACCAAAAAGUUUUUGGAAUAUUUGGAAAACCAUGGUUAUUUAAAUAAAACUAUUCUCAUUCUAAUGAGUGAUCAUGGGGCGAGGUUUUCGCAGGUUCGUGCAACGGCUCAAGGGAAGCUAGAAGAGCGUAUGCCUUAUUUUGCCUUUAGGUUUCCCCCGUGGUUUGAAAAACAAUAUCCAGAAAUAGUUCGAAAUGUGAGAAAGAAUGUUAACAGACUAACAACACCUUUUGAUGUACAUGAAACAUUCCAUGAUAUAUUAAACUACACCGGUGGAGGGGUAGGCAACAUUGCUCAAAGAGGGAUAAGUCUGUUCAAGGAAAUUCCAAAAGAACGGACAUGUACUCAAGCUGGCAUCGAACCUCACUGGUGCGCAUGUCUAGCAUGGAAGGAGGUGAACAGUUCACAUCCGGUGGUAAAAAAAGCUGCAUCCGCCGCAGUGGACUACAUAAACUCCUACACGGAGAGUCAAAGAGUUCAAUGUGCUUAUUUAAGGUUACGAACUGUGACAAGGUCUGUAAAGAUUUCAACAAAUUCCAACGUUUUAAAGUUUGAGAAAAGUUUCGAUUAUGAUGGUCGUGUAGCUGAUCUUUCAGGGAAGAUGAAAACAGACGAAGAUUUUUAUCAAGUGACCUUCAUUACAGAGCCAGGGAAUGGCCAUUUUGAAGUUACCCUCAAGCAUUCACUGAAUAGCAGUGAAAUUAUAAUUAAUGAAAAGGAAAUAAGUAGGAUAAACAGAUACGGAUCCGAUCCAGCAUGUGUUCAGGAGCAGUACCCACACCUCCGACCAUAUUGCUUCUGUAAUACUCUACUGAAGUCCACUAUCUGAUUCGUGUUGUUGGAUAUAGUAGUGAGGUAUAGAUUUAUGUUGCUUUAUUUGGUGGUUCUACUAAUAAUGUAUCAGGAAAUAUUACAUGAUUUGUGUAUCAUAUAUUGAUCAGGAUUUAAUCAAAGACAUGAACUGUUACCUUCAGGUCAUAUUUCAUAUGGCAUUACUGGUGUGGUGUCACCAUACCAUAUCACUUCUGUGCAACAUGUUCCAUUGGUUUUGGACAUUAGAUAAUCUUGCAUAUGCAGAUUUAAGCAAACAGGUCAAAUUUCAUAUGGCAUUACUGGUGUGGUGUCACCAUACCUUAUCACUUCUGUGAAACAUGUUCCAUUGGUUUUGGACAUUAGAUAAUCUUGCAUAUGCAGAUUUAAGCAAACAAACAGAUAGAUAUAUUUAUAUUUCACAUGUAAGUUAUAUUUGCACAAGGAAUCAAAUAUAUGCUCAUGCGUCUGUCCUUAACCAUUCAACAGUAUAUAAGGCUGCAACCAAAUGAUUAUUCAUUCGCCAGAAUCGCUUUAGAACUGUAAACCUAUUCUUACAUGGUACAAAUUACGAGUCACGACUUAAAGGCAUUGUUUCGUUGGGGAAUGAGUGUGUUUAAACAGUAUUCAAGUUAUAUCAAGGCGUGACAGCUAAAUGUUGGAGGAAAGCACUAUGAGAUGCAGGUCUUAGACAUUUACCACUUCCUUGGAACCAUGAGCACGGGUAAGGUGCUGACAAACUAGGGCUAACCUGGAUUUGAUCCCAAGUGUUUCAAACGUGUCUGGGGCCUACAGAACGCAUAUCAGAACGUCAACUAAUUAACUUUCCGCCCACAUUUAAGAGGAAUGAAUCAAUACUUUGUUGUGGCCUAAACCAACUUUUACCAAAUGAAACACCCAUCUAUAUCACUGCCUAUUUCCUUGCGUGUGCAGAUAAAUGUUCAAUAGAAGUAUGAUGACGAUAUACAACACCUUCCAGUGUGGCUAACGUCUUCCUAAUGCAAACGAUGCUGGGUUAUUUAUUAAUUAAUAUAUGACUUUUAAACAUAUUACUAAUUUGAGUAAAUGUGAGUCACAUGAAAGGAUACAUUGACACAGAUAUAUUGUUUACACAUAACCUGUAACAUGCGGUGACAUAGGUAAUUGAUGAACAUGUUUAUAUUGCAUUUUACUGGGUUUUUUAAAAGAGGCGGCAGAAUGACAUUUGCUUAAUUAACAGAUACAAGAACGUGGGUGAUGCAUGUAUAUCUUGCCUUAUAUAUAUGGACAAAUAAAGGGUGUGGCAUAAUCCCUCAAUGUCGUCAGUGUUGCAGUUCAUGCACAGACGAUAUUAAAUGGGGGAAAUACAGUAUAACAAA